AUGGUCUCUGCUGAAGUGGUUCAUGGUUUUCUCAAUGAUCUUGGGAAGACUCAACUGAAGCUUGAGAACUCUGUUAAGGAUCUUCUCAAUGAGGGUAUCUUCUCCGAAGAUACAGUUGAUACCGUCAGUCAUAAUCCUGAAAGUCAUGGAUCGCCUAAAGAUUGUACCCCAGCUUUGUCAGCUUCCAAGACUGAUACUUCACUCUUCUACAAGGUCACUUCUUCUGCUUCCAUUUAUUUUCUUAUCUAUGUAGAUGGCAUACUAGUCACUGGGAGCUCUUCCACAACAGUAAAUCAACUCAUUCAUGCUCUGGGACAGGAAUUUGCAAUAAAGGAUUUGGGACCUCUUCAUUUUUUCUUGGGUAUACAUGCUACUUCUACUUCUGCAGGUCUUCACUUAUCUCAGGAGCAUUACAUUACAAACUUACUUGUCAAGACUAAAAUGAAAUCAUCUAAUCCAUGUAGCACACCUUUUGCUACUGUGGCUCCACCUACUCAGUCUCCAGAUUUUGAUGAUCUUGUUCUUUACAGAAGCACUGUGGGUGCGUUACAAUAUGCAACCAUAACUAGACCAUAUAUUACAUUUGCUGUGAACAAGGCUUGUCAACACAUGCAAUAUCCAUCUGAAGCUGACUGGUCUGCUGUUAAGCGCAUACUCAGAUAUCUGAAUGAUAGAAGAUCAACAAGUGGAAUGGCAAUUUUUAUGGGACCAAACUUGAUUUCCUGGUGCUCUCGCAAGCAGAAAAUUGUGUCCCGUUCUAGCACAGAAGCUGAAUAUAGAGCUCUAGUUGAUGCUACAUCAGAAUAG